UGGGUGGCUUUGAUUUCAUAGUCCACGUCGAAAGCGCUCCCUCCAAAAAUCCUCCAACGUCUGUCCAAAAACUCCAAACAGGUCAGACCAAAAUGGCGACUGAGCCAGUCCAAUAUAAACCCUAUACCCUAUCUCAAACCCUAACCGGCCACAAGCGUGCCAUCUCCGCCGUCAAAUUCUCAUCCAACGGCCGUCUGCUCGGCUCCUCCUCCGCCGACAAGACACUCCGGACCUACUCCUUCAAUGGGUCCGAUUCCAGUACCCUCUUCUCUCCGCUCCAUGAGUUUCAGGGCCACGAGCAAGGAGUCUCCGACCUUGCCUUCUCGGAGGACUCGCGGUUUCUGGUCUCUGCCUCCGACGACAAGACCCUCCGGCUAUGGGAUGUGCCCACUGGUUCCCUUAUCAAGACCCUCCACGGCCACACCAAUUACGUUUUCUGCGUCAACUUCAACCCUCAGUCCAACAUGAUCGUCUCCGGUUCGUUCGAUGAGACCGUUCGAAUCUGGGACGUCAAGACCGGCAAGUGUUUGAAGGUCUUGCCCGCUCAUUCUGACCCCGUCACUUCCGUCGAUUUCAACCGCGAUGGGUCGCUCAUUGUCUCCAGUAGCUACGACGGUCUCUGUAGGAUUUGGGAUGCUUCUACUGGGCAUUGUAUGAAGACCCUCAUCGACGAUGAGAACCCGCCUGUUUCCUUUGUCAAGUUCUCGCCCAAUGGCAAGUUUAUCCUUGUUGGUACUCUGGAUAAUACUUUGAGGCUAUGGAACUUGUCGACUGGGAAAUUUCUGAAGACAUACUCUGGCCAUGUUAAUUCAAAAUAUUGCGUUUCGUCCGCGUUUUCUGUGACAAAUGGGAAGUAUAUAGUUAGUGGUUCAGAAGAUAAUUGUGUAUACCUGUGGGAAUUGCAGAACAGAAAAAUAGUACAGAAAUUGGAAGGUCACACUGACACGGUUAUAUCAGUAUCAUGUCAUCCCAAAGAGAACAUAAUUGCAUCUGGUGCACUCGGCAACGACAAGACUCUGAAAAUCUGGUCACAGUCCAAGGAUUGAGAGUCUUUUUUGCUCUUUGUUAUGAGUCUUUAUGAUUCUCAAAAACCAACUUUAUUUAUGAAUAUUAUGUAUGUCAGUGUAGUUUAGAACUUUUCUUUUGUGGUCGGAGAUCAAACUGGAUCGAAAUGUUCAAUUGCAAAUUAAGCUAUGUUUUGAGAUGCACUAAGCCACUGUGCCUGUGUGUUUUAAUGGGGUGAUGAGGUUUGUAAAGUCUGUAUAUUUCCAAGCAUAUAUAUGGUAAUUGAAUC